UAGACGGUCAGACGCUCCGAAACACCAAGUAUACGUGCACGACUCGCAUAGUCAGUCUCGCGCCGAGCGUUGUAUAGUGCGCUUUGUUGGAAAUAAUAAAAGUUCGUGGUUCGGAUCUGUGUUUGAAAAUUUUCGACAACUCGAAAUAUAUCACGAUAUUAACGUGUAUACGUGACAGACAAUCAAAGUGAUAUUUCUCGCGUCGAAGAGACAAAAGGCAACAAGUCGUUAAUUCGUUUGCAUCCAGCGAUCACAAACGUUCGAAGAUCGAGACGGAAGGACAUUGGAAGACAAACUGCGUAAAUGGUGAGAGAACGCGUCGCCAUGGGUACCGUGUGUUGUGGUCCGCGCGUGUAGUGCUGCAAACCCUGUGAUCGAAGGGAAGAGACAGUGAGAUGAACAGAGACAAGCUGACAGGGUAAGAAGGAGGGAAGAGUGAAAGGUUCGGGAGAAAGAAGGAAGAUAUAGAACGCGUGGACAAGCGUGACCGGCAAGAGUUCGAAAGACUACUCUCUCGUGGCGUUGAAGAGAGGGCAGCAGAAUCGGCGAGAGAAAGAGGAAGAAUAAUGCGGUCUCGUUGUUUCCGCCUUGAUCAACACGACGUUCGGAUCUGCUCGUAAUUCCACGGGGAGAUCAAACGAACGGCGAGAGAUGACUGGAAGAAGAAGAGUGCCACUCGUGUCGAGAGUAUGCACAGGUACGUUUUUCCUGCUGCUCUUCGCCACGAUCGCCGCGAACACGACGAAAGAUCCCCCGACGAAACUAUCCACCCUGGACGUGGAAUCCGAUGCCACGAUAUCGGAGAGGAACGAAACGAUCCCGAACAAAAUAGGAUCUCGGGGCACGGAAUCGACAGGGAUCAAAAACGAAGCCGUUGAUCCUUUGAAACUCGACUCUAAAACUGGAAAACAUCUGGAAAGCGUUGCGAAGGUCGAUACGAAAGAUGGGAAAGCGGAGAAGGAGGAGAAAGUGCCGAUACCGUCCACUCACGAGGACGCGAAAUUACAAGGAAGCAGGUCGUUCGAUCAAUUGGACAGGUCAUCGAGCGGGGAUUCGUCGAUCGGAUCCAAGCUCGAGGAGUUGAUCUACGGGACGUCUGGAAAGAGUUCGAGCACGAGGACGUUGUCGGAGGACGUUCACAGAUUGUCCAGGACGAAUGGGUUGAGCACGGUUACCGCGAAGCCCGCGUCGGAGGAGGGGAAAACGGAGGAAAGGAGCGUCGAAGCGGAACGAUCGAACGUCACCUCCUCGUCGAGCGAGAUCCCGAGAUCCUCGAUGAUCCUCCACCGACUCGAUCCGGAAGGAGACGAGAGGGCGGGGAAGAAGGAGAGGAGCGAGGUGGUCGACUCGAGCCCGCAAAAAGUUCGUUUCCUGGAGGAGGAGGAGGAAGAGGUGAAGAAAGCGAGCAAGAACUCGGAAGUUGCGGGGUUGAAGGAGGAGGGCGGUGCUAUCUCGUUGAUCAACGACACGUACGUCAACUACAGCCAUCGUUACAAAACGUCGACGGCCGAGCCGGUGGCCUCGAGUCUCGAUUCCGAGAACGGGACCAACUUUAUCACCGAGGAGAGCACCGUGGUGACUCAUCAUCCCAAGGAGGAGGUGGAGGUCGUCGGGAAUGUGACUCAGCCCGCGAUCCAGCGGAUCGUCGAGCCGCGAUCCCGAAACGCCACUUCCAAGGACCUGGCUGGCCUUGGCAACGAGUCGAGCGAAAUCGGCUCGAUUCGGAACGAGGACUAUUCGACGAGCCAAGAUCCCGCUACGAACGAGACCAGCCGCCGCUCCAUCGAGAUUCAACGAGAGCCGAGCGAAAAGAAUCGGCGGCAGAAACUGGUGCAACUUGCCGCCACUGCCACCAUCACCACCACCGCCGCCGCCGCCACCACCACCAUUGCCGCCACCGAAGGAACGUUUCGCGAGGAAUCUUCGACAACGUGGAGCCCGGUUCCUAGAGGAAGAACCAUAGCGUUCGACAUUUCGAACACGAGCGAGGAGGGGAAACCUUAUCCCUACGCCAAGUCCUCGGCGAAGGAAUCGGUUCCCGACUCGAGCAAUCGUCUGUUGGAGAUCACCACGGAGGAGGGUUCCGCGUUGGAGAACACGAUCGGGCGGUCGGAGGAGAAGUUGAUCGUGACGGAAGCGUCCGACGUGUUGGAGAACAGUAUACAACAGUUGAAGCCGGCCUACCGCGACAAAGGAUCGAGCAACGAGUCGUCCUCCACCCUGUCGAGCACCGCCACUCCGAUCACCACCACCACCGUCGCGUCCGUUCCGAGGGAGUCGAGCGAUCGGGUUGGGGAGCGAGGGAUGGAGGAGAACUCGACGAGGGUCGGGAACGACGUUCCCAGGUGGAACGAGAGCCGCGAGACGAUCUCUGGCGUGGACGUGACGGGGAACGGGAUAACGGAGGUGAGCGCGAGGCCGGAAGAGUCUCGAUCCGAUAAACGGGCGUACGAGGUGGCCACUCGUGGCUACUCGGAGUCGCCGACCUCCUCCAUCGACCCGUCCACGCGGCAUCCCUCGAUCGAAAGAAAAUCUUCCAUCGAGGAUCUCGCCACCACGAUCGAGCAAAUCUUCGUGGCCAACGCCACCACCGAGUCCCCGGCUACCUCCGACGGAGCCAACGAGAUCCCCUCCUCCUCCCUCGGCGGCCCUGCCAACCAUCCGGACCACGAUUUCGCGCCUACCACCGUGGCCGUCGAGUACGAGUUCGUCAGCCUCUCCGAGUCGACCGAACCUCCUCUUCGUCCUCGAAACGCCACGGAGGAGAGUGCAGAAGCUACCACUGUCACUCCUCCGCCCGAGGAGUCGGACGAUCCCUCCUCCUCGACGAGCGAGGCCACGGAUCGGACGUGGAUCGUCACCACGUUCGUUCCGCCGAAUUGGACGUCGAGGGACGAGGCGGCUAUCGCCACGACGAGGGCGAGUCUAGUCGUCGAGGAGGGGAUCGAUGGGGUGGACGACGUCGCGAGAACGACCGAGCUCGCGGAUUCUUGGACUCCCACCGGCGAGGAUGAAGGGGAAGAUGGAGUUGGGAGGACGAUCUCGUUCGAUUCGAAGGAUACCCGUUUCGCGAUCGGGAACGCGACCGAGCAACCCGCGCGAUUCACCCCGAUCGUGACGGAUGGGACGGUGGCCGCCAUUACCCCCUCCAUUCCCGAACACUCGAGCACGAGUCCAUCUGGCGUCCCAUCCAGGAAAUCGGAUCACGCGUUGCCCGCUCGACAAGAGAUCACGUGGUUGGUGCGCAUCGUAAUGGAAGGUGGCAGAUACGACGUGUGCUCGAAGAUGGACAAAUUGAAGGCGAUCCUGGCCGAUAUUCUGCAAUCCGGAAUGAACAAAUUGGUAUCGCACGAGCAAAUUAUCCUCCAUGAAAAUCCGUGCCAGGAAUCGUCGGAUUCGAUUCCGUCGUCAUCGUCACCGUCCGAUACGACGUCGAUACUAGUUUACGUGGUGGACGAAAAGGGAAGGUUCGACACGAACAUGACGAAAAUUUUGCCCAGCUUGUACGAGGAGUCGCGAGAUCGAAUCACAUUCCCGAUUAAAAUUCAGAGAUUUCUUCUGGUACAGGAAACGAUUCCGGAUUCCGGAAACGCAGUAGCGGUCAUCGUGGUCUCCUCGGUUGCCUUGAUUUGCCUGGUUCUUUUGGCCGGUCUUCUGUUUAUUAUGAGGAAAAGGCAAACGAGGUUUAACUAUGGCGAACGAUGCCGACCAGUGUCUUUGGACGCUUACAGCCUUGACAGUGUUUCCGCGUACAACAGCGUCAGACGCAAAGGAGUGGCGAGGUCUUCGAAAAGAAGCUAUGGGAAUCCGACCUUCGAAGAUUCGAGCGCAAUACCGUCUCACCCGUUGAAUUUCGCCGGGCUUUCAUCUUUCUGCAACGACAUUAACGCAAUCAACGAGGAAUUCGCCGGUAUCCCCCAAGUUUCGGCCAAGAUAGACGAGCUACCCGCCGGAGCGGAAGUGAAGAACAGGUACGCGAACGUGAUACCGCUUCCGGAGACAAGAGUGCUCCUUCAAAAAAUCAACAACGAUCCCCUUACCGAGUACAUCAACGCCAGUUACGUUCGGGGGCCAAAGAACGCGACGAAAUAUUACGUCGCUUGCCAGGCACCGAUGGACUCGACCGUCACCGACUUUUGGAGGAUGAUAUGGGAACAACAGAGCAAAGUGAUCAUCAUGCUUACCGACCUCGUCGAAAACGGGGUGGAAAAGUGUACGGAGUAUAUCCCGCCCUCGGAGAUCACCGAUUGUCGUCGGUUGUAUGGCGAUUUUCAAGUUACUCUGAAGAAGAGGGAAACCAAAGAGAAAUAUGCCAUUUCCACGCUCCAUUUGAAUAAUUUGGAGAAGAACACGUUCCGAGAGGUAUACCACAUUUGGUAUUUGUGGCCCGUGAAUGGAGUGCAAUCGGACGGUGCCGGGUUGAUAGCCGUGCUACUCGAGGCGAGGGCACUUCAAAGGGGUGGCCCUGGACCCAUUGUAGUCCACUGUAGUCCCGGCACUGGACGCACGGGAACGUUAAUAGCUCUUGACCUAGGAAUUAGACAAUAUGAGAUUACGAGGACUGUGGACGUGCCAAGGGUCGUUUACACUAUCAGACGGGAUCGUGCUGGGGCUGUCAAGACGAAAGAACAAUACGCUUUCAUUUACAAGGCAUUAAAUUUAUACGCGACCAAACUUGCCGGUGGUGUAUUGGAAUCUACGUGAACGACUCGAGAUCGUAAAGAAAUUACCAUUCGUUCGGAUCGUAAUAGAUAUGUAAGUCGUGGCAGAGAACUGCUAUAUCCGUGAACGAUAAAUAUCAUUGAAGACGAUGGAAGAACCGCGAGAUUAUAAGUUCCAGCGUUACCUGGACAGGAAAAUACGGUAAAUUGAAGGAAGGAAAUUGACUUGUGAUACGUGGACCAUAGCGAAGAUCGUGUUUCGCUUUAGAUUUUUGCUUAGAUCCUUUCGACGUAAGACGAUUUCACGCUAGUAAAUUUGAAAAAAACAUUCUUUACCAUCUGUUUGUCUAUUCUUCUCGGUUGAUAAUUCAGUUUUUUUUUUUUUAAGUAUCGUCGUUCGAUAAAAUAAAAUUUUCUAAAAUUUUUUUGUAAACUAAUCUUUAUCGUAAUUUAUGUAAUAAGAAAUUUACACAAGUGAUAUUUAUAAUUAAGGUUUAAAAGAAAACGUUUUAAAAAAUAUACAUGGAGUAAUAAGAGAUGAUCACAGAGUAUCUAUAAAAUUGUAUUUAUUUUUGUUUUAAGAUGUAGAAAUGAACAGGAUAACUCGAACAAUACGAAAUUAUAAUAAUAAAAUAAUAUAUGAAGUUCUGAAAAUAUCAAUUUAUACAAUUUUGUACUUUAAUAAUUAUACUUAAUAUUUAUCUGUAAAAAUUAAUAAAUCGAUUCAAGUUUAAAUUAAAAUGUCAUAUGAGCCAAAAAAUAAAUCGUUAAAUAUGUAUUUAAAAGAGCAAAUAUUAAAACGAUUACUUUGUUCUAAAUACGUAUAUCUUAAUUGAGAAAGAAAGAGAGAAGGACAAAUAAGAUGGUAACACGUUGGAUAAUGAAUAAUCGAGAGGCGGGAAUUAAUUUGUGAUAUCCGGACCAUCCGUCAACGAUAUAUUCAAUUUUGUAUUUCUUAGGCCUAUUCGAUUUCAUAAAGCUUUUUUUUUUUUUUAAUCAUAGAUUUAGUCUCCUUUUCGUCAAUUUUAAUAUACAUAUAUAUAUAUAUAUAUUGCAUAUAUAUAUAUAUAAAUAAAAGGAUAAUUAGAUGUAGUUGGAUAUUUAAAAGUAAUAUCGGAAUAUGUCAGUCAUAUACGAAAGGAUUUGUUCUUUUCAAUCAAACGGAGUAUUCGCGCGACAAUGAACAAUUUGAACGGCCAAAAUGAAUCGUGAUGAUUUGUAAAGGAAAAAGAGAAAUAAAAAUGAAAAAAAAAAAAAAAAAAAAAAAAAAAAGUAAUAACAAUUCCUUCGAGAAUUCAACCAUACGUGUAUUUAGCGUCGUUCUUAAUCAUGUAAAAAGGAAUAAUAUACAACGUGUACGUAUUAAUUAUUAUUUAGAAUUACAAUUAUUUACGUAAUGUUACAUGUCUCCAAGGAUCCGGAAAGGAUCGAUUUCAUCUUUUUUCUCUUUUCUUCUCCCGGACAAUUUAUAGAAACAUAUUAUAAACAUAAUAUAUAUAUAUAUACACAUUAUUAUUGUAUUAUUGUUAUUAUUGUUAUUGUUGUUGUUGUCAUUGUACAAAUAUUUUGAUUCGUAGCAGGUUGCUCUCUAUAAUUGUACAUAGAAACCAACCGGAAAAUACACCGAGUAAAUUAGUCUUAUCGUUAGAUUUUCCUUAAGAAUUUCGUUUUCUUUUUUUUUUUUUUUUUGAAACGUGUCAUUUAAUUCUCGUCGUAUACGUGCUCGUCGCCAGCCGCCAUUUCUCUCACUUUCUUCUCACACGGCUUCGAACACGUUUGAGGAAUGCGAAUUGAGAAUUAUCCCAUAAAUUUUGUCGGUUUCGCUGAAUGCCGUUGCUCCUGCGAAAUGUCAAGCAUUUUUUCGUUCUUUUUUUUUUUUUUUGAUCGUUUGAAAACAAUCACGGGCGAUGCGACGAACAUAAACGAUCGGUUUAAUGAUUCAUCGUCAAUUUAUACCGGUUAUUUCUGACCGGCGAGACUUCUUCGCGAGCGUGGCUCGAGAAAUGGAUUCUUUUCGUCGAGGAUUAAUUUAUGCGCGAAACAAGCUUUGUGAUUCAGGUUUUUGCUCGAUAUUCAUAAAACGAAACGAUUUUUUUCUUUUUUGUUAUUUUCCGUAUAUUUAAAUCAUUGUAUGAAUAAUGUACGCGUAUGUGAUUAAUUCUUUUGUUAAAAGUAAAUAUUUUGUCUUCUAUUUUGUAGAACAAUUGCAAUUGAUCUUAUAUAUGGACUGUAAUAUGAUGUGUUUUUUAAUUUGGAUUUUAAUCUUGGCCUUAAAAAGAAAA